UCCCAACUGCCAAGAACAGAGUGCCUGCAUAGUGAGUGGCGUGCGGAGCCAGGCCCUCCCUCUACCAUGCUUGAUGCCAUUCCCUUUCCUUUUGGAAAAGCCAAGCAGGUAGGACUCUCACUACACCGGGCCCUGCCACAGAAGACCUGACCCUUGCAGAGCUCUGACCUGUUGUGUUGUGCAGCUGCCCAGAGUGCCUAAGCCUGUGCUGGCUAUGUCGUACCUGGCUUCAGUCCUCCAGGCUCCACGAAUGACCAACCUCUACUCAUACAGAGAAACUACAAUUCCCAUAAAGCAGUGCGCGUUGAAACUUUUGGAGAGAGAAGUUGAGCCCUACGCAGGCGCAGUAGCGCGAAUUCGACAGUGAGGCAACAUGUCGCCGACGAUCACUUCGCGUCUGUACUCCAUGCUGUUCCGCAGGACUUCUACCUUCGCCCUCACCAUCGCAGUGGGCGCCCUGUUCUUCGAGCGCGCCUUCGAUCAGGGUGCAGAUGCGAUCUACGAGCACAUCAACGAGGGGGUGAGGGCCUGGGCUACCCUGACCUUGGGCCCGCCUGAAGGGUGACUGGGAGGGAGGUAGGACGGAACUCGAGUCUUACCAGGACUCGGGUGAACUGUGCCCGUUAAUACGUUUAGUUCGCUUGACACGAUGUGAGUCCUGAGUCUCACAUUGACCCCCACCUUGCAGGGGUUGGGAGUAUUGGUAUGUCCUCUCACACAGUUCCACAUAUUCAUUUACAAAAGAUAACUCCUGAGAUGUGAGAGGACUUACGGGUCUGAACCACUCCUUUAAGUCGGUGGUGAUUUGGAACUCCGACCCCUGCCGCCCUUGGUAGUUUCAAGGGCAGAUUUCAGCAGGGCAAUCGUUAAAAGUAGGUCUCCAUAGACUAUGUGCCUGACCUUUUAAAAUUGUUUUGGUUCCAAGGCUCUCCACGCAGGCACUUUGGAUUAAAAGUGGAGGCUAUGAAAUCUCAAGCCCUAGCUGGCAAUACUGGAACUUACCACUUAACCGUGAUAUUGAAUAAAGGUCAUAGUAAAUCAAAGAUCUUGGGAUACA